CGAGCUAUUUGUUUACUUGCUUAUGUAUUUUGUUUAUGUGUUUGUUUGUUUGUUUAUUGAUUUAUUUUUUUGUGUAUUUGGGUCUCUUUUUUGCCAAAACAAACAUGUCGUAAUUAAUCUAUAGACCUAUCGUCAUUUCUGACUUUUUAAAAAACUAGGGCAAAAAUGUACCCCCCCCAAAAAAUCCUAUUCAGAAGAUAAUAUUAGCAGUAUGGGAACCUGUUGCUCUCAGACAGACAUUCUUUUGACUGCUUACAUAGGCACUUGCUGAUUUAUAUUGAAUUGGUUUGUUUACAUGUGUGUUACAUAAGUGAAUUAAUCAUUACAUUGAUCAGUGAUGCUUAAAUGACAAGCUACACUGUAAUCAAUGCAAGGCUUUUUGUUAGUCAGUUCUAGCUGAUACUUGUAGUGUUUGUUUAUCCGUCCAAUUGCUUGUCCUUCCAAUUGCAUCUUUGCAUAUAACAGAAUAGAAGAAAAUGAUAGUGGUGUUUGUUGGUACAAAACUCUCCUCAAGGGUGUUGAAUUGGUCUCUUUUCAAUACGCUCGGUCAAAAGAGCCCACUCUCAUGUUUCUAUGAUAUUUUGGGGUUGCACAUUAUUUUAAGGUGUCCUUGUUACAGAGUAAUUAUACACAUACACAAGUACUGAGUAAUAUUAAUUAACUACAUGUACUUACUAUAUAGUUAGGGUUAGGAUUAGGGUUGCUUGCAUGUAAUUAUGAAUCAUUUAUUGUUAUUAUAAUAGUAAGUACAUGUACUUGUCAAGUGUUACCAAAAAAUAUACUUGUAGAUAAUGUAAUAUUAAUGAAAUAUAAUAUUAACGGCCACUUAAUGGUACUUAAAGAAAGAAUAUUUCUUAACAAAACUUAAGUACACUUAAAAAGUGCGCUUUGUAAUGAUGUCAAAUUAAAAGUUUCACUGUAAAUGUUUUUGUGGUGCUUCAGUUUACUUAUAUUUGAUGUGUUGUCUAACAUACUAAAGCACAUGUAAAGUAGUUGAUUUUAUUUUUAACCGUAGUGUGUUAUUUGAGAUUGCAUUUAAAGGUAGUAUUUUUACUUACAAAAUAUUUAAAUAUACAAUAUAAAUGUUUCGAUAGAAAUUACAUUCAAGUAUAUUUUAGUUUAACAUAAAUGCUCGACAUUACGUUCGACUUUAACCAUAUUUCAAAAGACAAAAGAAAUAAUUAUGAACUUGCAUCCUAUUUACGUGGGUCAAAAAAGCACUCUUAAAUUCAACUAAUUGCAUCUGAAAUAAAUAAACUAAAAUACAUUUUCAUUUAAUUGUAAAUAACAUGCAAUGAAGUCUCCAAAUAACAUUACAUUCAAUUUGUACACAAGUAUAUUAUUUUAGAGUAUAUUAUUUCAAUAAUAAGUGCUAUUUUUAAAAGUAUGCACAAAUGAAAAAGAAAAAAGAAAAAAUCUUUGUAAGACAUUAAGUACACCAAAACAGUCACAAGUCAGAACAAGAAUGGAUCAAUCAUGAUUAAUUAUUUUUCCCAUGAUCACAAGCCAGACAGAACCAUUAAAACUAGAUCAUUUACAUUAAAUGCAUCAUUCCAAAAUGUGAUCGCAGUGACAUCACACUCCAUGAAACCAAAGACAAAACUAAUCAGUGUGUCCACUCAGCAUUUUAUCAGUAUGUGACCCAUCAGCGUCAUCACAGGUGAAAGGUCCUGAAAUCGAGGGCCUCUGAGUUCUCCAGUCAACAUGCAAACAAAACCAAUCCGUCUAGCCUUGAAUAAAGUCCAACUAGAACAGAAAACGGGGGUCCGACGGCUGGACGAAGCCUGGCAGGUUGCCUGUGUAUCUGCAGUUUGAUCCCCAUCCCUGUGCCUUGUGUCUGUCCUCUGCUUUUCCAGGGUGACCAUCCCGAUCUCAGACUGCAGAGAUGGACCUGCUCCACAGCUGGGGGGUGAACCUAGCCGUCUCUUUGCAGACGGAGUACCGGGACUUUGAGAAUCUGUUUCAGUGGGUCUCCUCGGUGGCGGAUCUCCACACCACCUUCUUUGUGUUUUUCCCCAUUUGGUUUCAUCUGCGCAGAGACGUGGGUGUCAAACUCAUCUGGGUGGCUGUGGUUGGAGACUGGAUAAACCUCGUGCUGAAGUGGGUUCUCUUCGGUGAGAGGCCAUACUGGUGGGUGCAUGAGACUAAGUUUUAUGGCCCUGUAAAACAUCCUGAACUGCAGCAAUUCUCCAUCACAUGUGAAACUGGACCAGGAAGCCCGUCGGGUCACGCCAUGGGUUCUGCGGGUGUUGGGUAUGUGAUGGUUACAGCAGUGCUUUCCAUUGCUGCUACAAGAAAACUACCUCCUUUACAGUAUAGAUUUUUGCAGCUGAUGCUCUGGAUGCUUUUGGGUUUGGUGGAGUUACUGGUGUGCAUGUCUAGAGUCUAUCUCGCAGCCCAUUUCCCACACCAAGUUAUCAGUGGAGUUAUUUCAGGUAUAAUUGUAGCAGAAAUAUUCUCCAGAGUGCAGUGGAUCUACAGCGCAGGUCUGAGGAAGUACAUCAGCGUGACUCUGUUCCUGCUCUUCUUCGCGGUGGGUUUCUAUGUGCUUCUGAAAGCCGUGGGUGUGGAUCUGCUGUGGACAUUGGCGAAGGCCCAGAAAUGGUGCGUCAAUCCAGGCUGGGUCCUUUUGGAUAGCACCCCCUUCGCCAGCCUGCUGAGGAACAUGGGCACACUUUUUGGUCUGGGACUUGGCCUUCACUUGUCAGGCUACAAUGAAAGAGCAGGCAGGAAACACAGCAGGACAGGAUGCACUGGUGUGUCACUGGUGUGCACUGGUGUGUCACUGGUGUUGCUGCAGCUUCUGGAUAAGAUGACGUUUUCCUCAAGUAACCAGUUACUUUUCUACUCUCUGUCAUUCUGCAAGAGCGCUGUGGCUUUGGUGAUUCCCACUGCAGUCGUUCCUGGAGUCAUAUGUUGGAUUUCAUCAAAAAACAAGCAUGAAAAGGGCAUGUAGUGCAAUAUUUGUAAAACGCAAACCGAUGCAGUUUUGUGUUGCAACUGCUAAUGCUGAUUUUCAAGUUAAAUGCAGUGCUUCAGCGAACAUUUUUGCAGUGCACUCUUUAUAAAAUACCUCAGAUGGCAUGUACAGGAUAGGUGGCUGCAAAACUCAAAUCAUCAGUUUUGGCCUUUUAGUUUGUUGUAUACAUUUUUUUAAUUCUCUGCAUUAUGAAAACCAUAUGUCCAUUGAGAGAGAGAAGGAAAUAUCUUUUAGAAAUGUAGUUAGAAAACUGAUUUUUAUAACAUUUUCUUGAAAAUGGUAUCUUUAAGAAAAUGUUUUUUUUUAGCUUUCUAAUGAUGUGGUAUGAACAUCAACUAAUUUCUAAAAAUAGUUUGCCUUUUCAUAAAAGGUAUUUUUCUGAUAAUUAUCUAAUAUUUGAUGAGGCUUAUUGACCUUGACACAGUCAUUGCAGACAAAUUAUUUUCAGAUAUUAAUAAGCAGUAAAGCUUUUUUUUUUUAAGUUUUGUUAAAAUAAUUUAAAAAUAAUAAAUGAAAUAAUAAUAAAAGAUUUUGAGAAAAAAAUUACAUUUAGCAAGAAUUUCAUCCUUUUACUGAGUUCUUUAUUGAAUAUGAAAGUUGGUCUGCAUUAUGAAAGACAAAUAUCCAUGUUAGGGAAAAUAAAAUAAUUAAAAAAAAAAAAAAACUUUUUAAAGUCUGCCUCUUAGAAAUGUGCUCAUUAUAUUUAUGUUGGUUUAGAUAAAUAUUUAUACCAUUGUCAAGAAAAGUUUCUAAUGACUGUAAAUAUGGCAUGUGGUAUAUCAAAUAAAAAAUAACAUUUUAUAUAUUGAAUACAUGAUGUGAAUAUACACAUCUAAAUAUUUUCAAAAAAUGUUUUGUAAUACAUUUCAUAAAGCAAGUAAAAAUUUAUUUUUUUUCAUGAAUAUUUUCAUGAAAAAAUAAGAAAAUAUUUUAAUUUUUAUCUUUAAUUUUUUUUGUUGCAUUAAUUCAUAUAUUGAUAAACAAUAAUAAUGAUCAUUUAUACAUUUUGGGGAGUUGCACCGCAUGACAUGUUAUAGCCUGAACUAACCUUGCCUUUUCAUAAAUGGUAUUUUUCUGGUAAUAUUUAUUGACCUUGACACACAGACAUUUGGCAGACAAAGGUUCUUCAAAUAUUAAUUAGCCAUGAAGCAAUUUAGUUAAAAUAACUUUGACUUGUGACUUUUUAAUGAGGCUUUCCCCCCAUACAGUAUGUCUUCUAGAAACGUUUGAACAUUGGUCUAAAUUAUGAGACACAAUUCAAUUGUGAAAGUUUCAAGACGAAUAUAUCCUGACUAUGAUGAAUUUAUGUGGCUGUAAUCAUCUCUUUAACAGAUCUUUUCAAGAUUAGUUGAGCUUAUUGUUGGCAAGUCUUCAGAUUACGGCACCUCCCAGCAUAUCUUGUUAUCUGUGAAUGGUUUUAAAGGCGGCUGGUCCAUUCACUAACUAACUUUCAUUCACAUCUUCUGUUCAAAGGUCCCUCAGUCAUGCUCUGUACAUAUGGCUGUCUUCUGUACAUUGUUCAUAUGACGGCUAUUAUAGGGAUCAUUCAGCUCAAAAUGUAUAGCUUAUGUUACACUUAUAGCACCAUUCAUCUGUUUGGAGCUAUACAUUAAUAUCCUACCAAAACCUUCCUUUAGACAAACAAACAAAUUUUUCACAUUAGAUUAGCCCUUACAAAUGGAUAUUUUAAAAUCAGAAAACAAAAAAAUAAAAUAAAAAAACUACCCAUAAAAAAUAUAUCCAGGCAAUUUUGAUUCAUUAUUACAACAUUCGGUUUUUCUUAAAAAAUGUAUUUGCGUUUGUUGGAUUGGAUAUAUAUCCAAAAUGUUUCAAUUGUAUUACUUUAUAAUACAAUUAGAUUAUAGGUGCCUACAUGCAUUAAUCAACAUAGGAUAUCUCUUGGCAUCAUUUUAUGACUUUAAUUAUGUAAUAUUGUCUCUGGGGCAGAUUUAUAAUUUUUUUUGUUAUCUGUGACCAAUCUGAAUGAAUGCAUGCAUAUCUUUCAGAUUCACUAACUGACUACUUUAACUGCACAUGAUGUUGCAUAAUGAAAUAAUAAAUGUUUACAGUGUGGAGACAGUGUUUGUUUCUGGUUCACUCAUACGUUUCAAACUUAUCACCAAAACCUCUGUUAAUUUUUUUCCAGUUCCAGUGAGUCCAGGUGCAGUGGCUUCCUACAUUAGUGCACUGUAAAAAAAAAUAAUAAUUUCUUUAAAGAAUUAAUGUUUAAUUCAACAUGUUGCGUACAGUUUCUUUGUAAUUAUUUGUGCAAUUUAAUAGUAAUUUUUGAAUGAAAGUGUUUCAAAUUAAAUCCUACACUAUUUAUUAUCUCAGUGUGUGAAAAAAAAAAAAUGCAAAUGCAUUGUAUUAAAAAGUGGGUUUUAGAAAAUUAUUAAAAGUUUUUCUUUGCAUUGUUUAAAAUGUUUACGUUCA